AUGAAUAUUGACGCCAUCUUCAACAUAUUUGUGCUUCCGUUGUUAAGGUUUCCUGUUGUGAUGGUGCUUAUUAUCACAUCCGUCACCAAGCAUGAUUUUCGAGGGUGGCUUUGGCCAACAGUUGCCUAUUCUUUAUUACUCAAUACAGCAGUAGUGGCAAACAAUAAGUUCAAACGGAGAGGCCCAUGGGUUAACCUACGCAAGCUCGAGAAUGCAACAUGUGUGGUGACGGGCGGCAGCAGUGGACUGGGACUGGCAAUUAUUCAGCAGUUUAUUUCAAGGAUACACAAUCUGAAGAUUGUGUCACUCGAUGUUGUUCCACCCAAAUUCACGCACCCCAGAUUAGAUUUCCGCGAUUGUGAUUUGAGUGAUCCAUCUAGCGUGGAUCGCGUUAUUAAAGAGAUCAAGAAGGAUUACGGUGAAGUCCACGUCUUAGUGAACAAUGCUGGUAUAAGAGGCAAGUAUCAAAAUUUCUGUGAAUUGCAGAAAAAGGACGUAAAUUGCGUCUUUCAGGUCAACGUUUUUUCGCCCAUGCGACUGAUACAACUUCUGAGCCCGAAAAAAGCCGAAAAGCGUCAAUUUUAUGCUAUUACUAUUGCAAGCACGCUUGGCAUUUGUACCCCUGCGCGUGGCUCAUCCUAUGGAGCUUCAAAAGCCGCACUUAUUUCUUUCCACGAAGCAUGGACUCAAGAACUAGGUGAUGCGAGUAAUGUUCGAACACUUCUUGUAACGCCUGGCCAGCUCGACACUGCAAUGUUCAGUGGUUUUGAGCCUCCCAAGCAAUUUUUUGCACCCGUUGUGAACCCCAGAGAGCUCGCUCGCCAAAUUGUUGAUAAAUGUAGUGCUGGUGAGAGAGGGGAGCUAUCCGCCCCGCUUUAUGCCAACUUUAUGGGCAUUCUGCGAACCCUGCCAUAUACAGCCAUCUAUUUCGCACGCAAGGCUUCUGGCAUGGACAGCUGCUUGCCUGUCGAAUAG